UAGUGUAUUAUGGAGUGCGAAGUCGGCAUUAAUGUGCCUGGCCCGCCGGCCGACGAUUAUCUCUUUAGUGAUCUAAAGUAGGGCGUCCUUCUGUACGCCCUUUUUUAUGGUCGUGAGAGCCUGGGGGAUCGCUCUAAGUGCCAUGUUCUCGUGCCUGACUUCUUUGUUCCUGCUUGCUCCGUCAUCGCUGACCCCGUCGAGGGCACGUACUAGACAGACACGCUGUCCAAGGGGACACAGUCAAAUUUGGUUCCCCGACAGCAAGUCUGACAUCAGCACAGCUUCUCGUCGCAACCGCGGCCGCCGCUCCGUGGCUGCAUCAAGUCGCUCUCGCCCUGGCCACAAGGACCCAUGGUCCUCUAUGCGUUUCGUGGCGGACACGCCCAUGCUGACUUGUCGUCGCGAAGUGCCGUUGCAAAGUGACAUUUCCUGCUUCCCACUUCAAUGCUUCAGAUGGCACGUUCUGAUCUCUCACCGAGGAGAUCCGCUGCGAGAACAUCACCAGUAAUGAAUCUUCACAGCCGAACGCGUGAAGGAGUGGAGAUUAUUACACGCGGGCUUCGCAAGCCACGCGUUGUAAAUUAAAAUUAUAAUAUUACUCCCGGAGUGAACGAGGCAGGCCGCCAAGGGUGAGCUCCCGGAAAGACUCCCAUACUUGUGGGCCAUAAGAAUAGUACCACAGGCCAAAGCACGCACCGCCUAGAUGUGCAUAAUGGUCGAAGAGCCUAGACGACAGACAAAUAUAAGUCAAGACGGAGGCCGCUCGCCAGGAAC